AUGGCUCUAACAGUAUUUGGAUACCCCGAGGGAAAAUAUACCAAAGAAACUACGUAUCAUAUUGGCAAGGAAUUAUCAUGGAUGAAGAUAUUCCAAACAUAUGUUGUAUUCUCAAGUGAAGACCAAUUCAACCAAUAUAAAGAAUGUAUUGGUGGGGCCAAACCCAAACCAGUUUUGACAGGUCAGUUCACCCCGUUCAAUUGGAGCAAACAUAUGGUAAUUAAGAAUGGAGACGGACAAGAGUUUUGCUGGGUAGAAUCUAAAUGGCUAAUUCAUUAUCAUUGUCGACGAUUUGUGCUACAUUUCACCCCAAACCUGAACUGUCCUGAACAAAACUUUGACAUAGUCUUAUUGGACAGCAACUUGUGUACUUAUUCGGAUACUAUCUACAAGAACACGCGAAUAAGAUUUAGUGGCACUAGCACUACGCUUCAUGAAGAAGGGGUGAAUUAUUUCCGUUUGGUACUACUUGAGAACGAGGAACUUGGACUUUUAGAUAACUUAUCCGAAUCAUAUAUGCCCAACACACCUCUCCUCACAUAUGCUAACCAUUUACCAAACAUUAUCAAAAGGGCAGUGUUAUCGAUCCCUUACGAUGGUGAUAAAGUUGAAAUGAUAUUUGCUGCAGAGAAUCCAAAGAGAGACACUUCACCAUUUGGAGUAUAUCGCGAGUUGUUCUGGCAUGAUCUUACCUGGAGGGAAACAAUCAGCAACUUCCGAAGAGAUUCAACCAUGUCUUUACGGGAGAUUCCAGAGAACGAGAACAUGCAAGAUUCAAUGGUGAUGCUUAGUAUAGUUUUAGUUUUGAAACAACAAGACAAUGAACGACAAUUCAAUGAAGCCAAACAUCCCAAAAGAUUCCACGAACAUAGACGUGACAAGGUUUAA